GGAUAAAGCAGGAAGUUGCCCAAACAGGGCAGAGUCGUCAGGUCUAGACGACAAGACUAAGUCGUUGGUAUUGGUAAAUUACUUUCAUUCAAUGUCAAGUAAAGGGAAGACAUGCGAGGACAACUCUGGAGAUCUGAUUAACAUGCUUCGUACUUGCUAUUCGGCUGCUAGUAACGGUUGGGCUAACUUUGUUGCUGUUGAUUAUUACAAGAGGAGUGAAGGAGGAGGAUCGUUCCAAGCUGUCGAUACUUUGAAUGGAAAGCUAUUAUGUGGAUGUGAUGAUAUUCAUGCAUGUGUGGCUGGAUCAACUUCAGGUGCUCGCACACCAUAAGGUGGAUUCCAGGCAGAGGAUGUGGCACAAGAUUUCAAACUACAUCAACAUUUUAAGCACUGAAUUCACUCUUAUCAUAAAAGUACAAGUUGUAGACAUAUACAUAAAUAUAUGUAUGUAUGCUGAGUUCUAUGAAUUUAAUAAAAUUUAUAAAUGGAAUUUCAAUCUGCUUUUAUAGCAUA